AGAGAAAACGCCUUUCCGCACUCCCCAAAUCCCAAAUUCCAUUCUUCCCCACAGACAAACCGCUCUGAGUUCCAAUCAAUCUCUCGCUCCUCUCUUCCUCUUCAAUCGUUUCUCCACGAACCAAAAGAGAGGGCAAACGAAAACCCUAAAUCCUUCCCCCUCUCUAUCUAUUUAAAAUAUAUCAAUUCCAGAGAUAAUGCUUUUGCUUUGAGAAAUGCCUCUGAAUCUCAGUCGUUGCAAGCCAUGCGUAUGAGUUUGAUUUCGACAUUUGGAGCUUAACUUGCAAUCAGGGGUCGGCAUUCUAGUGGCAUUACUGUGAAGAUGGAAGUCGAUGGUGGACUUUACCCAAAUGUGCCUCCGGGGUUUUUGGCUGCAGAUUCGACUAGGGCUAGAAUCAAGCGCGAAGUUAAUGACGAUGGUGAAUCUGUUAUGGAUGACAUCGAUAAUCUUCCAUUGAGUAAACGGAUGAGAAUGCUGCUUGCUGGUAAGCCGUCUGGUUCAUCGUCGGGCAGUGGAUCGAGUGGAAAAGUUCCAACGUGUAACGUUGAUGAGGCUGUUAUAGAAGAAGCUCGCCCUUCAAAGGGUGCCGAGCGAGGUGCCAUUCCGAAGAAUGAUCCUUCCCAUCAGAGCAUGCCUCGUUGCGGUAGGAAUGAGGCUGGACCUUCUCGUCAGUCGGUUGAUCCUUGUUAUGUUCCUCGAGAGGGUCAGCAUCUUUCCGAUGUGGCUCGGGAAGGAGGGGCUCCUAUGAUCUUGAGGGGUCGUGGAGUCCGCACUCAUUGGCCAGAUUGGUUUAGGGAUCCCCAGCCACUAUUCUUCCAGGUGUUGGAGCGUACUCCCCUGUUUGGCUUGUUCAGAGUUCGUCUGAGCAAGACGAACAUGGCGCUGCUAUCCGUGCUGACCGAGAGGUGGCGCGCCGAGACCCAUACAUUUCACCUCCCUUUUGGAGAGUGGGGGAUCACCCCUUAUGACAUUUAUAUGCAGCUUGGCCUUCGGUACGAGGGGGGAUCCAUUCCGUUCGAGGAGGACCUCCCUAUCCCUACUGAGGAUGAUUGGAUGAGUCUAUUAGGGAUGAUGCCUGAUUCCUCGGACUUUUCAGGGUUACGGUUUAAAUUGCUCUGGCUAUCAGCGAACUUCUCUCGCCGCAUUCCUCAAACUGAGGCCGAGGCAGUUGUGAAGGCUCGUGCCUUGAUUUUGUAUACCCUGGGAGCAAUGAUCUUCUGCCAUGGGAAUGAGCUGGUGAGCUCCCGUCUGUUGUCGCUCGUGGCAGAUAUUACUUUUCCCACAUCAUACAACUGGAAUGCGGCGCUUCUGGCCCAUUUGUAUGAAGGAUUGGACAAGGCCAGCCGUUGUAGCAGCAGAUCGUUUACUGGCUUUUACCCAGUCAUUGAGGUCUGCUUUUUUGACCACUUUCCACACCUGGGGCCCUCUUUGAUAAACCGCACUCCCCCUUUCCCUCGCAUGAUGCUGUGGUACAAGGAUAACCGCAGCCGUACUCGCCAGUUUUCCGAUCUUGCCUGGAGAUCAAAUGUUGACGCCCUGGUUCCUGAUGAUUUCCAUACCAGGCCUUACUUUCGAUCGGCUGCCACUCUCACUCCUGAGGCCCAAGAAGCUUUUCAGGCCUCGCGUCGUCGUCGUAUUUUGGAGGAUCCCCGGGUGACAAAAUGGUACCUGGGAGAGACUUUUUUGGCAGUUGACUGGUAGUCCUCUUGUGCCAUUUAGUCCUCCUUCUGAGCCGGCGAAUUGGAGGGCAGUCCCCGAACGUGAGCUGGCAGUUGCUUUGGAGGGAUACGAGGCUAGUGCUUUUGUCGAUCUAUCGAGGGAGUACAACUCGUGGUGUGAGCAGUACGGGAUCGGCCCGAUUCUUCAGAAUGUUUAUGCUCCGGGUGGCGGCGCGCGUUUUGCUGGAGGAAAUCUUUUGAGACUCGAAGUCCUUCCGAAGGAUACGGAUGACUAUGUACCUGAUGAGUAGUGUUCUUGUCCUUUCUGUUUAUGUAUCAUCUGUGUACAUAUUUCCGUAUAUAUCAGAGUUUGUUCAUCCGAUGUUGCCUUUCUCAUUACUUUUUAAGCCCUUCUGUUGAUCCUAUUGUGCUGACUGUCGAUGAUUGGGAUCCCUCCCACUCCUUAGGUGCGCCCCAUGCCUGAUUCGAGCGAUAUUUAGGCCCGAGCGGUAGUCAGACUACCGCUCGUUGACAUUUGCUGGUUCUUCUGAGUGUGUCAGUCUGCAGGUGCAGAGACAGCAUGUGGGUGG